AGCAAAAUGACGUUGCAAUUAGAGUCUACGACACCUGAAAAAAUGCUUUCUCUAAUUCAAGAUCUCGCUGACUUGCCUUGCAGUAUUAUGCAAAAAAAUUUAAACAAAUAUAUUCAAUCAAAAUCUGGAGCUAAUAUAUCAUUUCUUGCGCCUAUUUUACCCGAAUCUAAGGAAAUGGUGAUUCAUGUCGUGGGUGAAAAAAUACUCGACAGAGGAUUAAGAAUUCCUAUAAGCCAAUCUAAUGCAAACGAUCGUGUAUUGCAUCGGGUUAUUAAAUCAAGAAAGUCGUUGAAAGUUAAUUGUACAGAACUGGACCAAGAAUUAUUAGAACAUUUAAACUCUGUUAGUAAACUGGUACCUGAUACACUACUCAGUAUUCCUAUUGAACAUCCUAGCGAGCAGUAUAUUGCUCUAGUUGUUACGUUGGUGAAUUACCCUGAGGAUCAAGACACUGAAGAUAUUUGUAUUAAAAUUGUCGAAGAAUGUUUUCGAUAUUGCUUGGGAAUGUUGUUAAAUGUUUUGAGAUGUCAAGAAGAAACGCGGUUGAAAGUUCAAUGUCAAGAUUUACUUACUGUUUCAAGAAAACUUUUUACUCAUUUAGGUGACCUGCCGGACUUAUUGAGAGAAAUAAUGGUUGAGGCAAGAAAAUUAACUAAUGCUGAAAGGUGCUCAUUAAACGCUUAUGAACAUCCAUUAUUUUACAGCGGAAUUGAUGAAGUAACAGGAUUUAAAACGAGAAAUAUUUUAUGCUUUCCUAUACGUGAUGAAAAUCAAAUUAUCGGAGUAGCUCAAUUGUGUAACAAAAUAAAUGGACUGUAUUUCGAUGUGUGUGAUGAGGAAGUUGCUACAGCUUUUAGUAUUUAUUGUGGAAUUUCUAUAAUGCAUAGUAUAAUUUAUAAAAAAAUCCAAGAUUCUCAAGCAAGAAGUAAACUGAGCAACGAAUUAAUGAUGUACCAUAUGAAAGUAGAGGAAGAAGCGGUUCAAGCAUUACUCAACUGUCGAGAUGAUCACAGUCCUAAAGAUUUUGAUAAAUUCCAUUUUACGCCUCGUAAUAUUCCGCAUCAACAUACGCCUUGCUAUGUAUUAAAAAUGUUUGAUGAACUUGAUCUAAUUACAGUGUGGAGAAUAAAACGAAAAACAUUAGCUAGAUUUAUACUUUACGUGAAGAAAGGAUACCGAGAUGCUCCUUAUCACAAUUGGGUCCAUGCAUUUUCCGUCGCACACUUUGCCUAUUUGAUGAUCAAAAAUUUAAAUCUCGUUAAAAAUAAUUACAUGACUCGACUCCAGUCAUUAGUUUUUCUUGUAUCAGGCUUGUGCCACGAUAUUGACCACAGAGGGACCAAUAAUUCAUUUCAAACGCAGUGUGGUACUGUAUUAGCGAGUCUUUAUAGUUCAGAGGGUUCCGUGAUGGAACGACACCAUUUAGCACAGUCUAUGUGCAUUCUCAAUACCGAAGGUUGUAAUAUUUUUGAAAAUCUUACUAGUGAUGAAUAUAGUGAGGCUCUAGAUUUACUUCGAAAUAAUAUUCUUGCCACUGAUUUGGCAUCGCACUUUCGUUCAAUUGAUGAGCAAGAUGAAAUGAUUAAGCAAGGAUUCAAUAAUGAAGAUCCAAUUCAUCAAAAACUUUUGCAUGCCAUGUUGAUGACUUGCUGCGAUUUAAACGACCAGACGAAGGAUUGGAAAACGUCCAAAAAAACUGCUGAACAAAUAUACGACGAAUUUUUUUCUCAGGGAGAUUUAGAAAAAAGUAUGGGCACUGCCCCAAUUGAAAUGAUGGAUCGCGAAAGAGCAUCAAUACCAGAUUUACAAGUACAAUUUAUAACAAAUCUUGUUUUGCCUUUAUUUGAAAAUUUAUCUACAUUAUUUCCUACUGCCGACUGUCUUGUUGAAGCAAUAAAACGAAACCGUGAAAUUUGGCGAGUUGCCAUACCUAUAUUUCACAGAUACAGCGAAAUAGGAAUAAAAGGAAUGGAUGUACUUUUGGAUCCAAGUAUUGAAAACGAAAUUCUGACUGCCUACCACACACAAACAGUGCCGACAUAG